AUGAAGUUCCUUGCCAUUGCGUUCCUUCUGGUCCAUUCCGUCCACGGCUUGACUAUGACUAGAGUAGAUUGUGCGGAUGGCAUCAACGAUGCGAGAGCUAAACAUGCUAAACAAGCUCAAUGGGCGGAUGUGAACAAACUGUCGUAUAGCAUCAAUUUGGAGAAGACUCUCUGGGGGUUCCUCGACCGGACCGAUGGAUGUCCCCAAGGAAAUAUUGGUGGUCCCUAUGAAGUCGUUCUGAAAACUUUGAGUUAUCAUGAUAGAACGGAAAAUGGAUUGGAAUUCUUGAGAAGUAGAGGACCGUAUGGAAUGCGCACAAGUACAGUGGUGGCGUGUACUCUGACGACAUGUUUGAAGGAUGGAGAGCAAAUUCUCAGUAUCAUCACAGAUAAUGUACAGUACCCUUCAAUCCCCCCGCCCCAAGGACCGCCCGGAUCAAAAUGUUAUUUGUCUGGAAGACUGGCCAACUCCGAAGGAUUGUGCGUUCUUAAAAGCAAUAAGAAGAAGUUUGUUCGCAAAGGAGUAUUGCAACAAGUUGGAGAUGCCAUGGACCAUACAUUCGGCUGGGGCUAA